CCAUUCAACCCCAUUGUUAUAACCAUUUCGCGAUUCAUCGCAUGUGUACCUUUCAAUAACCACAGCGAUGCUUAUCGAUGGUGAGAAGUGGGCCUGUGAAGCUUGCGUCCGGGGUCACCGGGUCAGCAGCUGUCACCACAGCGACCGCCCUUUGACCCACAUCAACAAAAAAGGCCGCCCAGUCUCUCAAUGUUCCCACUGCCGCGGCCUACGCAAGUCUCGGACUACCCACGUCAAGUGCGAGUGCAGCGACAAGAAAAAGAAAACUGACUUGUCCGACUCGCAUGGUGACAAGCGAGAUCUCAAGCAGGACUCCCUUCACCGCUGUGGCUGUAGCUAUGGCCAGCGCUGCAUCUGUGCGCUCAAAAAGGAACCGCAUCUGGAUACCGUGCCGGAGACAGGCUUGCCCCUGUCUCAGCCGCCGGUUCCUGCUGAACUCCCCCGGAAACCUCAUCUCACGUCAACAAAGUCCGAGUCGACGCUGACGAUCUUCCGUGACGGUCACCAUAAACCCGCCCACAAGCACAAUGACAUGGCCCACAAGUGCGGAUUGCCUUAUACAAUUCCACGAUCACAUACCAUCCACCACCCCUCCGACCUGCCUCGUCGGUCUGUGGACCACCUCCCGUUGACCCAGUCGGCAUUUGCCCAAGAACCUCUCAGCCUCUCGAUGGAACCCCUGCCUCAGUCACAACAAACGUCUCAACAUGGCUCGCCCAACAGCGUUCCCUCUGCCGGCACGGACGACAUUGCGACUACGACCUCUCUCGAACAAGCCUUCCUGGACAGCUUUGCUACCCCUACUUUCCCGUCGACCGCCCCAAUGGAUGCGUCCAUAGACGGUACCUCCAACAACCCGACCUCUGCCCCUACCACCAUGGACAAGUUCCCCUUGGAGCAAAUCAUCACCAGUGUUCCCCCGCCUCUCGACGUCUCGACUUUCUCCACCUUUGCGACUACGAUCCCUAUCAUGAUCCGUACUUUACCUCCCCCUGACUCGGAUGUGCCUACUGGUCCUACUGGUACGGGUGCGCCCUCGGUCGACUGGUCCAGUUUCCCGCUGUACUCGGAUGUCCCUGCUUCCACCAGUACGCAAACUCCAUCCUACGCCAGCUUCGACUACACGUAUCCCUCGGGCCUUCCUCCCCCUUCGUCAUCCGGUGACAUCUCCGAGGUCGACGAGUUUGGACCGCUGCCGGGCCUCGCACACGCGAGCAACGACAUGCACGAUCUGCACAGCGUGAGCGAAGCCUCGGACAUGGACCACCUCCGCGUCAGCUCUGCAUCCUCAUUAGUCGGUCUCCCUCAGACGCAGCUCCUGUCUUCCAAUGACCUGGGAUCGAUCAACAUCGAUGAUUUCCUCAAGACCGCCAAUGAGUCCACCGCUGCGCUCGAGCAUCAACUGCAGGCCAGCAUGGGGAUCGAUCCGAAGCCCACCCCCGCGCAGGAAGUCUACCCUCUCUCGCAGGCCCCGGACUCGGUGCCCAUCUGGCCGGCUGGUCUCUUCGACACGACAGGAUCCACCUCACCUCUGGAGGAGGACUACUUCCGCCAGUCGUGGGCGCAAUAG